AUUAUUGUUUCCUUCCUAACCCUAUGUAUUUGAUUUUGUUUAUUUAAAAACAUUACUUGAAAAGUUGAUGAAACCCUGUUACAGAUGUUUCAGACCGCAAGUUAAUUUUAAAAGGUUGGUUUUGAGCCAUGAGUUAGGUUCAAAUGAAACUGUCUUAUUUCCUAGGUUUACUUCAUUUCAUGUUCUCAGGCAGUCUACAGACCUGUAUUCUGAGACCUAAAUUUUCUAGGCACUGUGCCUUUGAGGAUACAAAGGUUAAAAUUGGGGUGCUGCUCUCAAGGAGCUCCCAUUCCAAUUGGCCACUUUUCUUAUUAAAAACAAACCAACAAACCAAAAACAAUCUAUGAGUCCUGAAGGUCAGUUUGCACAAGAUUUCCCCCUGUGGAACUUUUGGAAAAUGGAAGGAUAGGUGAUUAGUUUGCUGAUUGUUUUUCCUUGUUCUCUUUUAGCUUGUUCACUGUUACAGUAGCUCGUGAGGAUAUGAAUUCUUGCCAGUAUUUUGUAAAGAACAAAGAAGCACACAAUUAUAAAAUGGCUUGUGUGAGACAAUGUUCUUGGCUUGCUGGCUCACCAGAUUUGUAACAAUUCUCAUUAAGUACUCAAUAAAGCGAGGAUCUGUAAAAUGGAGCAGUAAUUCCUGCCCUGCCAAUAUCACGAGGUUGUGAUGAUCUUUAUACAUCUUGAGCAAGGCUGAGCAAACUACAACCUGCUACCGGUUUUUGUCCAGGAGCCAGAUUUGGGUCUUUGGUGCUGGCAUGCUGACCUCUGAUCUGGAGCACUUCAUAGAUCUAAGCCAUUGUUAUUAAGCUCUUCCCUGAAGUCCAUGGAAGUGACUGCCUUCUCAGAGGAUAUGGCUCUAAAAGCUUUAGCAGAAUAGCUUUAGAUGAAGGAAAGCCUUCUGGAGUCCCCUCCAGACCUCUCUAUUACCUAUCCAAAGACCAGUCUUAAGAGAAGAACCUCAUUGACCUCAGUGGAAUAUGAGGUCAGUGUUGGCAAGUAUUGGCAUGUGUGCAGGGCCAGCAUGGGGGGAGCUGCUCCAUGCCCCCUCUUUCCAGAGCCUAAGGACAUUUUUUGCCUGCCCUGUCCCUCUGUCCAGCCACCCAAAGCAAGCCCUUCUUGGUUCUCUGGAGUAGAGCAGGGGGCUCACAAGCAGUUAGGUCAAGCUUGAAAAUGUUCUAGGUCUUAGGGAUCAAAGGAAAGUGGAGGUAAGGGGACAGCUAAAUGACACAAGGGACAGAGCCCCAGUCUUGGAGCCAGGGGGACCUGGGUUCAAAUUUAGCCUCAGAUACUUAGUUGCAUGACCUUGUUAGCUCUUGCACCCCUUUCUAUUGAGACAGAAAGUUAAGAACUUUUUUUUUUAAGUGGAAGGAGCCCCAGAAGAGUGAUAUUGAUCAGUCUUUGAAGGGGAAAUGAGGUUCAGAAAGGAUGUGCUUUUUCCCAGUCUGGAAAGGGCUUUUUUGCCUCAGGAGAAGAUGAAAAGUUAGAUAAAACAUAAUUGGCCUUUACCCUGUUGGGGCUUACAGUCUAAAAGACUGCACAAAUUGAUUCUAUUUAUGAAAGCUCUCAGAAAAUUCCUAGCACUUGGUAAUUCCUUAAUAAGUGCUUAUUCCCUCCCUAGAAUGCAAAAUAAAUGUAAGAUGAGCACCUUAAGAGAAAUGUAGUUAAGAAUACUAUAUGAAUUUGGAGGGGGAAGAAAAUGUUGAAAGAAUAUUGUUCUUGUUAACUAGUGUUUUUAUUUAUUAACAUUUUUAUUUUCAGUUACAGGUAGAAACAGUUUUUGACAAUUGUUACCCAGCAUUUUGUGAUUCAGAUUCUUUCCUCCCUCCCCAAUGUUCUGAUAAAAGCUACACUGUCGCUUUCAUGCAGUAUGUAUUUCUUUUUUUUUUUUAAACCCUUACCUUCCGUCUUGGAGUCAAUACUGUGUAUUGGCUCCAAGGCAGAAGAGUGGUAAGGGCUAGGCAAUGGGGGUCAAGUGACUUGCCCAGGGUCACACAGCUGGGAAGUGUCUGAGGCCAGAUUUGAACCCAGGACCUCCCAUCUCUAGGCCUGGCUCUCAACACACUGAGCUACCCAGCUGCCCCCUCAUGCAGUAUGUAUUUCUGUAUUGCUCGUGGUGUGACAGAAGACACAUAUCACACAUACAAUAAAAAACUCACUAAGGAAAUAAAGUGGAAGAUGGCCUGCUUUGAUCUGCAUUCAGACUCCCAACAGUUCCUUCUUUGGCUUUGGAUAGCAUUUUUUAUUAUGGGUUCUUUGGGUUUCUCUUGGAAUCUUGCUUUCGUGAUGAUAGUUUAGUCUUCACAGUUAAUCAUGCAGUAUUUCUGUUACUGUUUACACUAUUCUGGUUCCCCUCACUUCACUUUGUAUCAGUUCAUAGAAGUCUUUCCUGAACUUACCCUGUUUGUCACUUCUUGUGGCCCAAUAGUAUUCCAUUACAACCAUUUCCACAGUUGUAACUAGCAAGUUUGCCAGUUGUGUGUAUUAUUUUGUUCGAGCCUUUCAGCACCACCAUAUGCUCUCCAUUUUUCAUAAGAGAAACCUGAGGCCCAGAGAGGUUCCUGAGUAAAGCAAGAAGAGGUCUUAUGGGACUUAGAACCCCAGGUUUCUGACUUCAAGGCUAGGGUUCUGAGAUGCUGCUUCUCCCUCCCCUCUUGCCUUCAGGUAGAACUGCUCUUGGUUGGAUGGGUGUGAGGCUGGCUUCUUUAGAAUCUUGUUUUCUUUUGUGUAGCAAUGGCUUGUUCAGAAUAGAGGCCUGAGUCUUGUCUCUGGCAACAAGAGCCUCCUGAGGGUUGCAGUUCAUGGAGUCAUACUGUGAAAGUGUAUUAAGUGCCCGCUUUGGGCCCACCCCUCUCACCUCUGCUGUGGGCUGGAAGAUCCAAAGACUAGGCACCACAUCCCUGCUUUCCUGGAGCUCAACUCACCAAAAGUCACUGACGUAAAUGGCUUUAAUACACAAUAUUUGUGUGCUGCGUGAAGUCAUCUCUGCUGGGAGUAGCAAUGGUUUCCUAGAAAAAUUGGCCUUCAUAUUGAGCCUUAUUAACUAAUACCUGCAAGUUAACUAGGAGAAAAGGAGAAGGGCUGGUAGUCAGGGGCUUUCAUCUCCCUCUGAUCUUGUGGCACUUGUACAAAUCCCAAUAUGUUUGCGAAUAUGUGGUGUGUUUAUGGACCUGUCUUAUCACCUCUGCUAUGGUGGGGGAGCACCUGAUAGCUUGUUCAUAUUUCAUAUAACCUGGCAUUUUUACAUACUGGUAGUCAAAUUUGGUUUUUUCUUUGUUUUUUUUCCAGCUCCUAUGUGGCAGGCACUGGACUAGGAAUAUAAAGCCAAAAUCCAAGUUGCCCUAGGCCUCAGGGAGUUAAUCUAGCUGGGGGAGGUGCAUACCUAGGGUGAGCCAUCUGGAUAGAUAAACUGGAACCUACUGUCCUCAUCAGCCCUCAUGCUGUCAUCUGGCAUAGAGACGCAGCCAGUCCCUCUUGAUUCCCCCAUGUCUGCAGGGGCCCAGGAGUUGUACCCGGAACUUCCAGUGAGCGUCUCCCCGGAGCUUUCUGCCGAGUUUGAGCCAAGUAUUGUUCUAGAUGCAAAACCUGAAGCCUCGAGCUCCUUGGUCCGGACUUUGCCCGUAGAGCCCCAGAGAACUCAUGUGGAAAAUUGCUCUCCAGAAAGGGACCCCAUGGAUGUUAGGGGGAAACCAAGAUGUUGUGGACUGGCAGGCUCCCCAGCCUCAGCCAGAGAUGCUGUGGCUUCAGGAGUCUUUGAGAAAGAGAGUCAAGCAGAGAGUGUGGAGCAGAAGUCCUCGAACAACCAUGGGGAUCAGGAGGAGGAGGCACGAACUGUGAGAGCCUCUGACAAGGGAUUGGCAGAAGGCCAGGAGCAGCCUUCCCCAGCUGUGACUGAAGGAGCGUGGGGCUCAUGCCAGGUGGUCCUCAGGAAGCAGCUAAAGCAAGACCUGAGCUGGAGCUAUCCUGGUCCUGACAAUGACCUGCAUCCCACAGAAGAAAACCAAGGAAACGUACAGGUUACAACAGAAACUCUGCCAAAACCUACUGAAGAAGAACAAGGUAUGAAGGUCAAUGGGACUGAGACCAUUAGGAAUGACAAAGUGAGUAAAAGUCUCCCAACUGGGUUCAUCGACUGCCCAGAUAGAGACAAAAUCAUGACCAGUGGUGAGGGUUCAGAAACCAGCACCCUAGUUUCCCUAGAGCCUUUAACCUCUGUGGAGCCUGAAUUGACAAAAGCGCCUUCAAAAGAAAAAGAAUGUGAAAAAUCCAUUGCUUCUUGUCCUCUUGUGCUGCCAUCAUCAGAGGACAGUGUCAACUCCACAUUGUACAGUGAAACACUGUCCAGAUUGAGCCUUGUCCACAACGCCGUUGACAAUCACCAACACAACUGUGGUUGUGACAUUGAGAAUCCUUCCAAGCCAAGCAUUCUUCAGGUGAAGAGCAAGGAAAGUGGUGUUUGCCUCCAAAUGUCAUGUUUCCCAUUGAGUUUGCCCUCUGCGGAGUCUGAAAGCAUCUCCCUUGAAAAAUGUGACUCUGACGACCAACAGAAGAUGGAAAAACCCUUCUGGAAUGGAGAGGUCUUGAGAGAAGGCUCAGCUUAUAGACUGAAAGGGGAAGAUCAAGCUCUGAGUGUCAGGAGCCAAAGUAGAGAAGUACUUCCUGUUGAUGCCAAGCCUGGAGGAGAAGAAAAUGGCAUGGCUCCUUUGAAAUAUUCUAGUGAUGAACACCAUCCUCAUGAUCAAAGAGAAUGUGCCCUUGAUAUCUGUUGCCUACACAGCCCCUGUCAGAGGGCUCGAGGAAGUAUCCAGCAAGAGAACUCUGUUUCUCCUUCUGAAGGAGAUCCUAUCAAAAGCCCUUCAGAAAUUCAAGAAAAUCUCAUAAAACAUGAAAGCAAGAGGGUAACCUGCCCUUGUGAUAGUCACCAAAAUAAGGAACACACAGAAGAAAGUGACUUCUUGGUGAUGCAGGCUGAAGAAUCAGAAAAGACUGUGCCUGAGGACUCGGGUGUAUUAGACAAGAAUGUGGACAGUUGGAGUCCCAGUUCUUUGGUCAGCAGCCAAAGAGGCCUAGGGAGCAGUACCAAGAAAAGAAACCCCACUGCUUGUUCUGUGCCAGAUAACCCUCCUAAGCCUAUAAGGAAAGUCUCAGAGGUCAGCAGUGUUCUUGCUAGCCAGGAUGAAGCAAAAGACACUCUAAGAAUGUUAAGUGGGAAUGUUAUUCCAUUUGUAGAUGGACAGAUAAUGGCUUCUCAUGGACAGAAUGAGCUUGCUUCAUAUCCUGCUGAGUCCAGAGAAGACAAGGGGGAGCUUUUCUGUGUCUCAUCUGGAAAGAUGUCCUUUGAUGCUUGGGACCACAAGGAAGCAACAGCUCCCCAAGAGUUGUCUCUAGGUGAUCCUACUGAAGACCUCCAUAAGAGAACAAGUGAGGCCUCUCAGCAACAGGCUGACUCUUUGUUGGAGGAUGGAGACAAGGUCAUUGCCAACCAGCAAACCAUUCUGAUCCAAACAAGAACUGUGAAAGAUGCCUUCUGCCCAGGUUCCACUGCCUGCCGUGCCUCUUCCCAGAAUUACGUCAGUGCUAAAGCAGUGAACUCCCAAAGGGUGCAAAAUAACAGAGUCAGAGGAAAACUGGAGGCAGUGUCAGGAUUUCCACUUGAAAAAGAAGGAGCAGAAUUAUCUGAAGAGGCUCCUGUCUUAGAUCAUGAAAGUGCUCAAUUUCAUAGUAGUCAUAUCUGCCACCCUAGAGUUGAGAAUGCCCUAGAAACAGACAUGUGCUCAGAGGAUGUUACCUACAACUCUACUACAAUCUCCCCAGAAGCUAAGAAUAAGUCUGUAUUGUCUUCUGAAGAAAUAUUGGAGCCCAGUGAUCCUCAGUGUUCGGAAAGCUUCCUUGAUGCGAGACAUCAAGCAGGGGAAAGUAAAACUGUGAAAGAAAUGGAAGAUAGCUUUCAAGAAGUCAAGAUUAGAAAUGAAGUGGUUUCCUGUUCAUUACUCAGCAGAGCCUUAAACAAAAAUACACUUGCCUUGAGCCAUGUUAAGCAUGGAAAAUUUGGAGCAAGAUCGGCAAGAAAGGUGGGCUCAGAAGAUGAUAAACUGGGAACAUGCAUUAAGGAGAUUAUGUUAUCUUGUGAGUCCCAUCCUUCUGAAAAUAUUUUAGAAAGCAAGCUAUCCUCAAACAUUCCAAAUCCUAAGGAGCGGAUGGUCCCAUGUCUUAACACAGAGCACUCAGGUGUUAGAAUUAUAAACCAAGCAGAUGGGACUGUUGGUCAGGUGACAAAUCAAGGCCUUAACUGCCAGAGUGACCUUAACAGUCCAAUCGAAUGCUCGAAUGAAAAUAAAUCCAUUAUCAAGCAUCACGGCAUAGGAAUCUUUGAAGUCCAACACACAAUUAGUCGUAAAAAUGAGGCUCUUGCAAAACCUAUCAAACGGUUGAACUACCACCAGAAAGAACUGCUAGUUAAUGACUUGAGUGACAUCCAACUAUCUUGCAGUCUUCCAAAGAAAACCAUUUUAAAAACUUCCCUUAAAAGUACCCUUGAUAAUGAAGUAUCUGCCGUGUGCAGAGUAGACCCUUGUCAUCUUAGUAAUAAACUUAGAGAAGGGACGUUGGAAAUGAAAGAAUCUGAAUCAACUGGAAGUCACAGAAGACAAAAAGAGCCCCCCUUGCUUCAGCCAAAUGGACCGUUGAGGAGUGACCAGCCUCGGGGAGGAGAAGUCCAUGUUGCAUUUGAAAGACUGAUUGUCUCAGACUCUGUUUUACCAUGUGCUUCCAAUUCCUCUAAUAUGAAAUCUCCAAAAAUCAUACCAUCAUGUAAAGGGACAUCAUCAAGUGAACUAAGAGAUGCUGGCCUUUGUAAUUCAGUGAAUCAGGAGAGUCAGAAACUGGGUAUAGCCCUAAGAAACAAGGAGGCACAUGUGCCUGUGGACUCCUUGACCGAUGGGGUGGAAACUAUUACCAAUCAUGAGCCAAAUACAGAGUUGUCUGAUACUGUGAAUGUGUCAUUGGAGAGGAUUCGUCAUGGGCAGACUGUUAAAGGAAUGCUUCCAGGGGAGGCCAGAGGGACCACUGGUGGGUUAAGUAUGCAAAUGAUUUCUGCACCUGAUGAUGAAGAUUCCUUAGAAGUUUAUUCUAAAGAGCCAAUGUUGGAAUCUACUGAGUCAAUGCCUUUGCUUAUCUCUUCCCAAGAAAAUUCAGCCAGUGGUUCAGAUGGUCUCCUGGGUGAAAAACCAGAAACAAAACAUCUUUCAGAAUCCGUAGAUGUCAAAGUACUCACUGAAAAUUUAAAGAGCAACAUGUCAAAGACCAAGGUGAAGAAAAGAACACUUGGAGGAAGACCUAAUCUUGAGAUAAGAGGCAAAAGAGGUGCACUUUCUGAGGUGGAGACAUCAGGAACAUGUCUGCCAAAAUGGAACUCCAGUGUGACAACUUCCUCUUUUCAAUUGAAUUCAAAAAAUAAAAUGACCAGAGGAGAGAAUAAAGAACACCACCGAGGAACACUAAAUGAUUUCGAAGUCAGCGAGGAAUCUGAAGGGGAAACUUUGAGUAAAGAUGGUGGUGAUAAAUUUUCAAGUGUCUGUGGACCUCAUUUUAAACGAAAGAGGAUAUGUAAGAAGACUGCGUCUCAGGAAGGCCAAAUUGUCCAGGGCUGGAGAUGUCCUAAAGGAGGGCUAGAGGGCACACAAUCAAAGAAAGGAGGACCCUCUUUCCAGCAGGGAGCAUCACUGAUUGCUGAGCCUUUUACUGAGCCAACAGUGGGCCCAUCAAGUCAAAGCCGCCUUAAGGGGCAUGCACAUAGGCAGGACACUUUGGAGGAUAUCAUAGGAACAAAGAAGACCAAGAGUAAGCCUUUUCUAAAGUCUCUAAAGGUGGAUGAUUCAGAGGCAGGACAACAAGAUCUUCAUUUAUGUUCCACCAUUGAGCUAUCUUUAGGUCCUCAUCUCCCCAUCUCCAACAUGAUACCCCAAGAUACCAGCUCUGCUGGAUGUGAAGAAAUGCGUGGUACCUUUGCGAUUACCCCAUAUCAAAGAAAAUCUCUCCCACCAUUAAAGAAAAAACUAGGUUGGACAUGUAAAAAUGUCAUUCAUCAAGAGCACAUCAAGACUGGAAGAAAGAUGAAUAGUUUCAAAAAGUGGAUUCUUUUAAAGAGUGCUUCAGAAACCGUCUCAGUCAAAGAACACAAAGUCCUCAGCUGGUCCUUUACUCCUCCUCCAUCAUCAUCUUCAGUGGCCAACCAUAUGCCCAAGCCGAAAGCCACAAGACGCCUUCUGCUGAACAGCAUGAGACUUCAGAAAUCUACCAAAGACUCAGCUUUGCUAAACAAAUUGUCUGUUCUGGCCAGGAAGCUGCUGGCCCCGUCCAUAGCAACCCAAGAAUUAAGCUCUCAGCCAUGCUCUACUGAACUUCUUCCCGUGGCUGAAUCCUACAAACGGCUCAGGUUUAAAAAGCUCCAGGAUGAAUUUCCUAACAAUAUAAUGCAGCUCAACCUCCAUUUAGGUGAUUAUGGGUGCAAGAACAUACCUGACAGUCAGACUUUGGCACUUUAUCCCCUUGAAGCCCUCAGAAUAGGCUUCUUAGACUUGAUUAGCAAAAUGCCAUCAUUGCAGUUCAAUGCCCAAAUCUUCCCAAUAUCCUUUCACAUAAACCUGGACUCAGAGCUCCCAACUGAUUCCACAAGGAUUUUUUCUGAGCACUGUUCUCCUCCUGAGAGUGCUCCAAGAGAGGAUCCCACACACCCACCUCAGCCUCAGUGGACCUUUUCCUUCCUCACGUCUCAGGGUUCUUCAGGGACAGCCACCUUCAGGGAAGACGCUGGGCUCAGUUGUGAGCUGCUCUCCCAAGCUGCUCUGCAGACCCUCUCCCCUGAGCAAGCCCCUGGAAGCAAUGCUAUAAUGAAGGUCAGAGCUGGUUGCUCUGUCCUUGGCCUUCAUACAGUUUUAGCACUUUCUUCCCCUGGAUGUUAUAGGAUCUGGACGAGAAGAAGGAGCUUAUCCAGUCAUUUGCCUACCAUCCAGAGGCUCUUCAUGACUCAGUUUACACAGGGCUUCAAAGGGUUAAGGCUUCCAGCAUCUCUGUCCAACAGCCUCUUCCCUUCUCUGCCCUACUCAGUGGGCAGGGUACUGUCCAUAUGGAGCCAGCAUGGUCCUUCUGCCUGCCCCUUCGAAAUCACUACUCUCCAUUCCAAACACAGCAAGUGGCCGCCAACUCUGGGCAUCAGGAACAGCCAUGCCAUCUUACCACAUGUGCCUCUGUUGGGCAUGGAAGCUACCACUGCAAGGACCAGAGGCAGUCCAGUUAGGCCGGGACCUCCUUGCUCUGCUUUGGCACCAAAGUCCUGCUUAGCCUUUGAACCAGCGGUCAGUGUGCUCCGACUUUCAGCCUCUGACUACCAGAUUCCUGCUUUAAAAGAGCUUGGGAGAGUCCCCAGUGUGUGCUCCAAUCAGCAUAGUAGUGCCACUCAGAAAGAGACUGAACCAGAGAAGCGGCCAAAAAAAGUCUCACAGAUUCGAAUCCGGAAAACUAUUCCUAGGCCAGAUCCCAACCUUACCCCUAUGGGACUGCCUCGACCUAAAAGGCUGAAGAAGAAGGAAUUUAGUUUGGAAGAAAUAUACACCAAUAAGAAUUACAAGUCUCCUCCCUCAUCCAGGUGUUUAGAGACCAUCUUUGAGGAGCCCAAAGAGAGAAAUGGGGCCCUCAUAUCUGUCAGCCAGCAGAAGAGAAAGCGGGUCCUAGAAUUUCAGGAUUUCACUGUCCCACGGAAGAGGAGGAAUCGUGGUAAGAUCAAGGUGACAGGCAGCUUUACCAGGGCAAAAAAGGCUGCUCUGCAAAGCCGAGAGCUCGAUGCCCUUUUGAUUCAGAAACUAAUGGACCUGGAGACCUUCCUUGCCAAGGAGGGAGAAGGAGAGCCAGCAUCAGGCUGCUGAGAAGUCAAGUCAUUUUUGGAAUUUGGGGGCCUUGUGUUGGUAGCUCUCUUGGCCAUCUUUGGGAAGGAUCUCUUGAUUCUUUCUGGUCAUUCAAACCACUCACAUGCACGCGGGAUUCCUGGAUGAUAAGCUCUGUAGAGGUGCAGACUUGUCCUGUGUGGUCGAGAGGAACUCUGCUUUGUUGCUGAGCGUAGGGCCCUAGGAAGGCCUGCCCGCCCUCUCCUGCUCGGGACUGGGCCCUCCCCAGGGCCAGGCAUCCCAGGCACCCCUUCUGUGAUAACACUAGGAUUCCCAGGACCCACCCACCCACCCACUUCAUUUUGCACGUCCCUGUGGACUUUCUCCAUUGUUUACAGUGGUGCUAGGCGCAGAAGCUGAUCACCUUGUUCUUCGGACCCCCCCUCCCCCCAACUCACUGGAGGAGUUGGGGAAUGCUUUGUCCUAAUUCUGUUCUUCAAUCCUGGGAGUGAGUCUGCUUAGAACUGGGUUCUGUGCGUGUGGCCUGCCCUCCGCCCAGCCCCCUGCCCCACCCCACCUGCUGGUGGCCCUUGGUCACUGGCACCAGAGGAGCCCAACAAGGCACCAUUCCAAGUCAGUUGCACUUUUCAAUGUUGUGGUGUUUCCUCUUUUUAUUAUUAUUAUUGUUGUUGUUGAUAUUGCUGCAUGUUGGGAGCCUUUAAAUGUGAUUUUUGUUUUUGUUUUUAUUUUUUAACAUGUGGAGGAGAAAGGCAGAGAUCUGUUUUAAGCCAGGACUAUUCACUAUGUGAUGUGUCUCUGGCCCAACCUCUCCCAGGACAGUGAUCAGGAAGCUAUAUUCCUUCCCUGCUUCCAGGGCUGCCCAGCCCAGAAAGGAGGGCCCCUGCAAUGGCAUCAGGGCUGUAUGCCUCUUGCCCUCCAAGUGAAUGGAUUUAAUGGUCAAAGAGCAGGUUUUGCUCCAGGUUGUUUUUAAUAUACUAGGAUCAAGUGGGAUUUUACUUUGUUUUUAUGGCCAAAAUGAUGAUGGUAGACUGAAUCCCUGGGGCUGGAUUCGAAGGCUUACUCCCUAAGCCUCCAAAUGUAUGAAAAGCCCUCUGCUCCAGAGGAGAGGAGACGAAACUCUCCGUCCUUCUUGCUGGAAGUUGCAUCAGGGAAGCCGGCCCUUGCUGGCCCCAGGCCAGGACACUCAGCACUCUGAGUCACUGUGUUUGUUAAAUGUACUUGAAACUUUCUGGAGAGGGAGGGAAGGAAAGUGAUUGCUAGCUGUUGGUUCAUCCUUAGUGCCUAUGGGGGUAUUUGGUCAGAGGGAUGCUGUCUUCAUUUCACAAGCCCUUCAACACUUAAUCCUUUUCUUCCCUCUCCCCCUGCAUUUCUCUUCCUCACAAGCAGGUCUUCCUCUAAAACAAGUGCAGAGAGCUAGGGUUCUGAGUCAGUGAGUGGGGCACCAGCCUAUCCUUGUACCCAGCAAGCCUCCAGGGAGCACACAAGAUUCACCUGCCGGGUCUGACGUGUCUACUUGGGAUUAAGUGUCAGAAUAGGGUGGAGAGGGAGUUUGCCCCUGUCCCCUUCUUCUGCAGGUUGGCCAUCUAUGCCAAUUUUGGAGAGAGUGGGAAGCUUCUGGCCUGGACACAUAGCCCUAAGGCAUCUGCUACUGCUGAAUGGGACCAGACUACCCAGUUGGACCAACUCAGUAACUUCCAUGGCUGCACCACAGACCCAAGCCUUUCCCUUGUGGACCCGCCAAAUUUUAGAGACCUGAUUGAAUCAUUGUCCAUUGUAUCAUCAGAGCCUGCAUUCCACCUCCCUACCUCUGCCUGAGAUGGGGUUCUCUUGAUGCUAAGCUCCUCCCUCUAUGCAUUUCCUUUGAGGAGUAGGUCCUUUGCAGGCACUUUUCAGGGAGCUUCCCUAGCUAGCUAGCUUGUUCCAGUGGGACCAUUUUGUUAGAGCCAUUGGUGGUUUCAUGAGAUACCAAGGCCAUGCCACUUAGUGGACCAGAAGGCAGAUACUGCAACAGGAUCCAUAUUGAUUUAAUUAGAAGUUUCAGUUUUAACACAGCCAGAAGUGGGACUUGGAAGGGCUGGAUGACCAGGGGGUAGUGAAUGGCAACACGUUGGAGGGAGAAGCGAUCCAGGGGCCCACUGGGCUAUACACCGGGCCCAGGGUUGACAUCCCUGGCCAUUUCUCAUUCAUCUGACUUGAAGGCUCCCCCUGCCCAGCCUCCCAAACUCCCAGCUCUAGUGUUGAAAGAAGCUAGAUAAAACUGCUCGCUACCUAGAGACCUUUGCUGUCCCUUUUAGGUCUUUGGUCAGACUUUUGGACUCACUCAUGGGAAGUGGAUGGAUACUAGCAUCGCUAUAGCUUCGAGUCCAUAAGUGUUUUCUGUGGCACUUCCAGCCCCUGGGGUCCACACUGCCCUACCGGCAGGGACCAGGACUUCAUCUCAGGGGUGUUUUCAGUGUGGGAUGGUGGGGGUGGAGGGGGGGAAUGGGAAUCUCAGGUCUGAGCAGGGUUCUGCUUGUCGCUGAAUUGUUCAUGGCUGGCUUUCCCCUUCCAUUGCCCUCCUCCCACCCCUCUUUCAUUCUCAUUUCCCUAUUGGUGUGAAAGUACCUCAUUGAAGCCAAUCAUGUCUGUUGUCUUACUGAGGGGGGUGCAGUGAAGAGACAUGUAGCAUUUGCCUUACUUGGAGCCAGAGGAGCUCAGAAACUCAUGCUGUGAAACCCAAAACAUGACUCCCCUCUUCCCUUCCCCCCAGCUGUGAAAAUCAUGAUACUUGGUCACUCUUUUGCCUGAAGGGCACACUGGAGCUGGAGCCAACUUUGAAGAACUGAGAAGUCUCUUCUAAUGCUUCAAGCCAUUUUCUGCCAAGAUUGGCCCGUCUGCCUGACCCACUGGAUGCUUGGUGGGCUGGCUAUUGAGUGGGAGCUCCUGAGCUGCUCUCUGGGAUUUGAUCUUUCAUUCAACACUAUAUAGAGAGAUCAACCUGUAGGCAGUGAUGCUUAUCUCUUGUCACUUCAAGGCAGAGGAAAGAUAAGGCAGUUGUUUUCUCCUGUUUUUUUUUCUUCCUUUAAUGCCUGUGGGAAACUUUUUUUUAAAGCUUUCUUCUGGUGUCUGAAAGGACCUAGGAUGUAUGUACCACAUUGUCAGUGGCUUGAUCCAAAGCAUUACAAAGAAUUGGCAGUUUUUGGAGUCUCUUUGCCUGUGUACCUUCUCAGGAAGGGGCCCUGCCAAUACAACUGAACUUCUCACAUCCAGGCACUGGACAAGUGAGAAGGCUUCAGCUGACCGAAAUUGAAGUUCAAUAUUCCAUUGAGCCACAAACCCAGCCUCCAAAGUUCUCUGGAUUUCCUAGUGGGUGGGAUGGGGUGAGGGGAGGGGUGGGGGUGGGAGGGAGGGUGGGGAAAGAUGGUGUUUCAUCCACCCAGCCCAGGCUGAUGUUCAAAAUUGUUACUUCAGCAUUUUCCCAAGCCACCUUCAGGUGCUGCGUUUGACUAACGGGCGACUCAUGUUUCAGCACCUCUUGUGCUGGGCAGGGCCAGUAGCUGCCUGAACCAAGUGUUUCUAUCCUAUCAUGAUAAAUAAUAGUUCAGUGAAAUUUGUACAUUUUUGGUAAUAUUGGCAUCAAUCAUGCCCCUUGCAGUUUUCUUUCUGUUUGGUAGUUUGUGACUCUAAAAUUCCCACUGUUAUAUGUGUUAAUUUAUGAAAAUAAAUUUUUUUUUUGAAUAAGUUUCAAAAA